UUUGCUUUGUAUAACAAUAGGGAAAUGGUCUACUAAUAACACAAAAAAAAACUUGAUGUGAGUGCGCGGUGAGAGAAAAAAAAAACUGUCAAAUGAAUAAUUGGUCGGCCCAUUCUUUCUCCGUCUUCUCUUGCUCAGAUUUUCGGAUAUUUUAUAAACUAUGUGGCUUUUAUCGAAGAACAGUUGAAAAUAAUAAAGCUUGAACUGUUUCAGAUACAUUGAAAUGUGAAGAUGAUUCCCCUGAAAGACAAUCAGGAUGUGGCAUCCUUUCUUGUCACAAAACACUCAUGGAAGGGCAAGUACAAGAGAGUUUUCUCUAUUGGCACCCACGGCAUCACCACAUAUAACCCAGAUCGCCUGGAAGUCACAAAUAAGUGGUUGUAUGCGGAUGUCAUUACUGUGGCUUCGGCAAAGCACUCCAAUUCCACAGCUAAUCAUGACUUUACACUGGUUAUGAAGAAGGAGAAAAAAAUUGAUUCUAUGAAGUUCUCGUCCGAACAUAAAUGUCUGAUAUUAACUGAAGCAUUCAAGUACAGACACUUGUUUGCUGAGAAACCUAAGGAUAUAUUUAGAUUCCAAGCAUACAAACACCAUUGGAGUGGUACAAGAUUGCCAGUUGUCCUUGAGGUGGGUCCAUGUGCCCUGGACCAAUUGGACCCGUCUACGCACACAUUACUGGCCAGUUACCCCUAUUGUGAUAUCCAGGGGAUUCUUCAGGUUCGUGAUGUCCCCGGCGGGUUUGUCCUGGCUGUAGGUGGCUACAGCCGCCUCCACUUGUUCUCCAACGCUAUGGAGCACCAGAUGGUGAUCAACAAGAUGCUGGAAAUGGCCAAUCUGAUGCUGAGUAUCAGCAUCAAAGUGUUGUCAACAACAAUAACUUUGGACGACUAUCAUGAUCAGAGAUUUGGAAAAUUUAGUGGAGAUCAGCAUCAGACUUCCCUGAGCGAGUUCCUAGUCCACAAAGUGAAUCCUGCGCGCCACAUGGAGCCGAUGCGACGGACGUUAUGCCUCUCUGACACCUGCAUUUUGGAAAGAGAUCCACAAACUUAUUCUGUGGUGUGUCUUCGGCCAUUGAGUGACGUGUUCGCGUUGAUCAGGGAUCCUGAUCACCCGCAGCGGUUCUCCAUUGAAUAUCUCAAUGGACAGACCAGAACUUAUCUCGCUGGUGAAAGAGACGCGCUGCUGGCGUCGCUGCUGGACGGCGUGCGGGCGGGCGGGCAGCGCGACGUGCACGUGCGGUGUUGUGUGAGUGUGCGCGGGCUGCGGCUCGGGCCCAGGCUGCUGUCCGUCGGCGAGGACACCGAGGCCAGUCUGCUCAGGUUAUUCCAAAACCCAGUUGGCAUGAGCCGCGCCGAAGUCAUCGAGCGAUUCAACGCCAAUGUCGGCUACAGCGGCCUCAUCUACUCCGUCAGCCAAGACGCCCGCCCCCUGUUGUGGCAGUUUCUAACGUGGGAUUUCCGUCUGUUCGCGGAGAACAAAGAGAAGCUGAUCACUGGAGCGCUGUCAGCGCUUAUCAGCAGCGCCCCGGCGGGCAGCAAUCUGUCGCCGCGGGAGCUUGAAGCGCAGUUCCAUGCGCUGCGCAGACUAUGCGCCAGUAAAGUUGGUUUUGCUGCGUUCACUGCGCUACCGGGUUUUCGCGAAUGGAUCGGCCUGGCCGUAGUAUCGGCGCUCCGCCGCGGCUCCCCAGCUUGUUCGCACGCCGCUCUGGAUGUGGUUUGUGCCCUCAUGCAGCCCAUGCACCAGGACCCGGACUUGAGACAGGAACAGCUGAACAAGGCCAGCAUGUUAUCUUCUGCACCGUUCUUGGAAGGGCUGCUUUCGAUGUGGGCUGAUCACGUGUCUAGUGGCAGUGGUGCCCUAGUAGUGGCGGCCAUGUUGGAUUUCCUGACGUUUGCAUUAUGCGUGCCGUACAGCGAAACGACUGAUGGGAAGCAGUUUGAUCAGCUGUUGGAAAUGGUCUCCAAUAAGGGACGUAUUCUGUUCAAAUUAUUUGAGCACCCGUCAAUGGCGAUCAACAAAGGCGCAGGUCUAGUGAUGCGAGCGUUAAUAGAAGAAGGCAGCAGUACCGUGGGGCCGCGGAUGCAGGCGCUGGCGUUGGCCGAAGCAGCCUUGCCUCGCCAUCUGCUGUCGGCCUUGUUCGCGCCGGCGAGGCAACACCAGCGGCACCUGGCGAGGCAUUUGGUGGCGUUGUGGCUGGUGGAGCAUGCCCCGGCUCAUGCGCUUUUACGGCGUAUUAUGCCGUCAGGCCUUUUAGCAUUCCUAGAAUCAACCGAAGCCCCCCCAGCGGAAGCGUUAGCGGAACAACGCGAGGAGCAGAGAGACAAUUUGCAACUUGUGCAGGCGACGGUGAAGCAACGAGCGCCGCACUGGGAGGCGCUCGAGAGACAAGUCAGAUACUACGAAAAACAUAUUGAGCACUACGCAGCCCUAGCGCUCCAGCACUGGGCCCAGCGGAUGGGGCGGAAUUCAAACUCGGGCCCCGGGGGCGGGGCUGCGGCGGCGGCCAUUCGGGAGCGGCCCGUAGUGUUGAGGAGACGAAGGGAGAGGAUCAAAUCUACAGCAAAUUGGCCACUAUUUUAUUACCAGUUCCAUAGGGAUCAUGCGUUGCCUAAUCUAAUAUGGAAUCAUACUACGCGUGAAGAACUACGAAACGCAUUAGAAAAUGAACUUCGCGCUUUCACAAGCGACAGAGAAGCGGCGGGAGGGAUACUAACGUCUUGGAACCACGCGGAGUUGGAAGUUCAAUAUCAAUGUUUACAGAAUGAAGUCAAAAUUGGGGAUUAUUAUCUUAGAAUACUCUUGGAACAGAAGGACAGUGAUGACAGCCCUAUUAGAAAGUCUUACGAAUUCUUCAACGACCUCUACCACCGCUUCCUGUCGACCCCGAAAGUAGAAAUGAAAUGUAUGUGUCUGCAAGCGAUGACCAUCGUGUACGGCAGGUAUUACGAGGACAUUGGACCCUUCGCGGAUACCAAAUACAUCGUGCAGAUGUUAGAUAGGACAUGUGACCGAAUGGAGAGAGAUAGAUUUGUACAGUUCUUAGCGAAGUUAAUAUUACAUAGGAGAAACGUUAGUGAGAUAUUAGAAUGGAAUGGUAUUAGAAUCCUAGUAGAACUAAUGACAUUAGCGCAUCUACAUACGUCGAGGGCGACGGUGCCUACACAGAGCAAUGUUAUAGAAGGUCCGGCUCAGAGUGCGGACUCUAAAGGGGUAGACAGAGAGUGGUACUACAAUGUGGAGCAAGGGGACAAGGUGCAGAGGGUGGGCCCUGUUAGUUUCCAGCAGCUAAAAGACCUGUACAAAUCGGGCGAAAUCAACAACAAAACGAAAUGCUGGGCGAACAGUAUGGAGGGGUGGCGGGCGGUGGGCAGCGUGCCGCAGCUCAAGUGGACGCUGGCGGCGAGAGGGACCGCUGUCAUGGACGAGAGUGCGCUGGCCGCUACUGUGCUGGACCUGUUGAUCACCUGCGCUAGAUAUUACCCCAGCAGGGACGAAGAAGAAGCAGUGAUAAGGCCAUUGCCUAAAAUAAAGAGGUUGAUAUCGGAGCCCGCGUGUUUGGCGCAUGUCGUUCAGCUGUUGCUUACCUUCGAUCCUAUACUCGUUGAAAAGGUGGCAACAUUGUUAUACGAGGUGAUGCAAGACAACCCGGAGAUUUCAAAGUUGUACCUGACAGGCGUGUUCUACUUCAUGCUGUUGUACACGGGAUCGAAUCUGCUACCGAUCGCUAGGUUCCUGCGACUGACGCACAUGAAGCAGGCUUUCAGAGCCGAUCAGUCGACAUCGGACAUAAUGCAGCGGUCAAUCCUCGGCCAGUUGUUGCCAGAAGCCAUGGUGUGUUACCUGGAGAACCACGGCGCGGAGAAGUUUGCGCAGAUCUUCCUCGGCGAGUGGGACACGCCCGAGGCGAUAUGGAGCUCCGAAAUGAGGAGGUUACUUAUGAUGAAGGUGGCGGCGCACAUCGGCGAGUUCACGCCGCGACUGCGUGCACACAUCGCAGCGCGGUACCCGUACCUGGCCAUCCCGGCCGUGCGCUACCCGCAGCUGCAGCACGAGCUGUUCUGCAACAUGUUCUACCUGCGACAUCUGUGCGACACGCUGCGCUUCCCGGACUGGCCCAUACCGCACCCGGUGGAUCUUCUAAAAGACGUGCUAGAAGCUUGGCGUAAAGAAGUGGAGAAGAAGCCGCCGUCUAUGACGGUGAACGAGGCUUACUCCGCAUUGGGGCUGGCGGGGAGCGGGCCUCACGAUGAGGCGGCCGUGAGGAAGGCAUACUACCGCCUCGCCCAGCAGUUCCAUCCCGAUAAGAACCCUGAGGGAAGAGAUCGCUUCGAAGCAGUGAACCAAGCGUACGAGUUCCUCUGCAGUCGGAAUGUAUGGACUGGUGACGGACCCAACGCGAACAACAUAGUACUCAUACUGCGCACACAGACUAUCCUGUUCCAGAGGUAUUCCGAGGUGUUGGCGCCGUACAAGUACGCGGGCUACCCGCAGCUGCUGCGCACGGCGCGGCUGGAGGCGGAGGCGGAGGCGCUGUUUGCGGCGCAGUCGGCCGCGCUGCUGCCGCCCGCCGUCGAGCUGGCGCUGGCCACCGUGCGCUGCUCCAAGCUCAAUGCUGAGGAGCUGCGGCGGGAGGGGGGGCUGCAGGUGCUACACGAAGCGCUGUCGCGCUGCGUGCCGAUGGUGUCGGCGUCGGCGCUGAGCGCGGCCGUGUGCGCGCACGCAGCGCGCUGCUUCGCCGUGGCGGCCGCCUUCCCCGCCUGCCGCGCCGUCUGCGCCCGGCUGCCGCUGCUGGCCGCCGACCUCGUGCCGCUGCUGAGGAAACCGGAUUUGGGCGACACGGCGUGCGCCGGCGCAGAAGCAGUAGCGGCGUUGGCCGCCGACCCCACAUGCAGAAGUUCGUUGGCCCGCGCAGGCGCAAUACACGCGUUGUUGCCACCCAUACUACAGUAUGAUUAUACUCUCACCGAGUCUGGAGUCGACACUGAAAAUAAGACCAACAAACAGGAAGUUGCAAACCAACUAGCGAAGCAGUGUGUCUCAGCUCUAGCGGCGCUAUACGGCCCUCACGACUCCCCAUCAGCGAACGACGCACACAUCACACACGCUCUGCACACACUGCUCACACAGCACUUGUGUGCGACGCUGUGUGACGACGACCACCACGAGUUGCUAAAAACGAUAACAUCCAACUGGCGUACACCGUACCUAGUGUGGGACAACAGCACACGAGGGGAGCUACGCGAGUUACUUCGGAACAUCAAAUUGGAUGUGACUGAAGACGGUCCUCUAAUACCAGAGUUCCAUUACACAGCGCACGAGAAUCUAGUUCCUGUCGGCGGCGUGUACAUUGAUAUUUGUAACGAUCAGCCCGACUUUCCCAUUAAGAAUCCUCAACAAUUUAUCUUGGACCUACUAAAGUACCUCCAAACAGAAACUCAAUGUGAUAUGACGAACGAUAGAGUCCAUCACCUUACGUUAGCUCUCACCGCUGUGGCUAAUGUUAUUAUUAAGAAUCCAGGUGUAGAAAUCCAAUGCAUCGGCCAGUUCGGGUUAAUAUUCGGUCUAUUAUCUGCGCGUGCGCACCCUCCCUUACAAGACGCCGCAUUACGCACUGUGCUAGCCGUGGCCGGAAGUCGCGAAUGCGUUGAGGACAUCGCCGCUUCCGGCGUGCUGGGCCAUCUGCUGGCCUUGCUGGGCCUCAGGCCGCCCAAAGCUGAGGCUUUGGCUGCGCUGGCAGCUCUGCUGGCUAAUACUGCGCUUGUCAAGGAGGCGUUGGCUAAAGGUGCCGUGAUAUACCUGCUGGACCUGUUCUGCAACAGCAAGCUGUCUGAGAUCCGCGAGGCGGCCGCGGAGCUGAUGGCACGCAUGAUGGCAGACAAGUUACAUGGGCCCAAGGUGCAGCUGACGAUAUCGCGCUACGUGCCGGCGGUGUUCGCGGAGGCGAUGCGCGCGGCGGGCGCGGCCGGUGCGCUGCACAUGUUCGAGCGCCAGCACGAGCACCCCGAGCUCGUGUGGACCGACGCUGCGCGCGCGGCCUUCGCGCACAGGAUCGCCGCUCUGCGUGACAGCCACCAAUCAAACCAACUCCGCGACGCCAACGCCACGUUCGAAGACAGAGAAGCUCUGGAGCGCGCCGCGAGUGGAGCCAACGAGGAGGCGUGGGCUCCUCCGGGAGAAGUGGUGGUGGCCGGCGUCUACCUCAAGCUGUACCUUCAAACCCCCCACUGGAACUUGAGAAGUCCCAAAAGGUUCUUGCAAGAAUUAUUGACGGAAACGUUCAAUUCAUUGAAUAAGGAUUCUUCAGAGGGCAGCCGCGGCGACGUGUGCGCGCGCGCCCUGGCCGUGCUGCUGCGCUCCAAGCCGGCGCUGGGCGAGGCGUGCGCGCAGCUGGGCGAGCUGCCGCGGCUGGCGCGCUUGCUCGUCUCCAGUCCGCGACAUGCCGUUCCCGUGCUGACGGCACUCGCUGACACACAGGCGUGCGUGGUGGCGUUGAGUCAGACGGAAGUGAUGUCGGGCGUGAAGUGCGCCAUCAAGUCGUGUCGCGGGGUGGUGGGCGGCGCCUGCGAGGCGCUCGCCGCCAUCUUCAGCAGCGCCGCCAACACCGACCGCCUCGUGCUGCAGGCAUUAGAAUGCGACCUGAUAGGCGAACUUCUGUCGUUACUAGAAACAAGACUGGACGGACAGACAGCCGCUCAUUUAGUGCGAGCAUUGAAAGCGAUGUCGAGAUCGGUGCCGCACGGGGACAGGGUGAAGGCGGCGUUGGCUAAAAGCGCAAUCUGGGAUCAAUACGCUGCGCAGAAGCACGAUUUGUUUAUUACCGCUGCGCCGCAACACGCUCUUACUGGUGUGCCGCAGUCUGCAGGCUACCUCACAGCGCCGGUGAGCGACAUUCCCGCGCAGCCGCCGCCCAUCGACUGACCGCCCCACUUCUCGCUCACACGCUGACAUGACGUCAUCAGACUCAAAACUACCCGCAUCUCGAUUAAACACAGAUCCGCUUCGACAACUUGGGUAAUAUUUUAUCAUCACUUGUUCUCGUUAUGUUGUUUGCCAUCGUGAUUAUAAGGGCAUUCGGCAACCGGUUUGUUUUUUGAUUCCCAGAAAUCUGUGUGGAUUUAGGAUCACGUACGCGAAUAACAUCACUGUUGAAGCUCGUAAUAUUUUUCGAAUGUUUAGUUUUCGAUUCCAACUAUCUCAUUUACUUAUUGCAGUGUUGUAACCAACCAAUCAGUGUGGCAUUGUAAUGUGAUUAUACUACAACGUCGCAGUCUUAUUGGAUGGCUGCAUCUAACU